AUGCUCGACGAGAACCUCCCCUCGUUUCUCUUCAAGCAGUCCUCCGACAACCCGCUCUCCAGCGUCAUAUACUUCACCCAGAACGGCUCCGAUCCGGAGCCCGAGUACGUCUUCAAGCGCGCCGACGCCGCCACCAACCCGGCCGCCCGCAACAAGUAUGCCAUCGCCAUCACCGACCCCUACGCCCCCGACGUCGUCUACGGCGAGGUCGUCGUCGAGCCGCAGUGGCAGCAGCCCACGCUCUCCGCCGCCGAGAUCCGCGCGCAGAGCGGCCCCGUAACGCCCAUCCCCAUCGUCCCUGACAGCUUCGUCAUCCAGCUGUAUAAUCCCGACCAGAGCAUCGCCGUCAAGAUGGUGCCGGGCAGCUUCACCAAGAUGGACAGCUGGGACUUUGAGAUGCCCACCCAGACAUUCAAGAUGCCGUCCGCAUCGCAACUCGACCGCCAGAAUAACGAACCCGUUGUAGGCCUACGACCCAAGGUCAUGUUCAAGUGGAGGAAAGACGGCAGAUUGUCAAAGGACAUGACGUGUUAUAAUGUGGGAAGGAGCUUAGGGAAGCACAAGAGCAAGGACCCGGACAUUACAGUGGCCUUAUUCAAGCAGGCGAGGGAGAGCGCAGUGACUAUCUACGAGCCCAAUCUACAGCGUGUCGAGGUAGAAGAUCGCAAAGGACUGGAUAUCGUGCUUAUCCUGGGUGCUGAGGUCAUACGGGAGCUAUACCUCGCACCUCGACAAGGACAAGACAUCUUCAAUCUCUCCGCCGGGACAAUAACCGCCACGAACGGCAAGAGAAAGAACUCACGCCCAACACCACCACCCGCCGCAGGCAUGGCCAUGUCCGGCGCCCUGGGCAACAACAUCCCGCCGCCACAGAGCCGACCGGGCCCACCCACCAUGACGUCCGCGUCGAACAUCGGAUCCUCGGCCACACCCGCGGCCGCCAACACCGCCGAGAUCGAGGCCGAGACCAAGCGCCUGCAGGCGAUGGUCGAGAAGGAGCAGCGGGAGCGGGAGAAGCGCGACCGCGACGAGCAGAAGCGCAUCAAGAAGAUGCUCGAGGAGGAGGACAAGGAGCGGCGGCGGCGCGAGGCCGAGGUCGCCAGGGAGACGGAGCGCCUGCGCAAGAUGUACGGCACGCAGGGCCAGGACCUGCCGUCGCAAAGCCCGCCGCUGCCGCCACGGCCGACGUUCGGCGCGCCGCCGCCGGCCCCCGCCCAGCAGCAGGGCGGAGGGGGAGGGGGCUGGUUCGCGCCGCCGCCUCAGCCGCCCCCGAGACCGCUGAGCGCGGGUCCGGCGCCGGGGCCGGGCGCGUUUCAUAAUAGCUCGCUGGGCAGCUGGUGGAGAGGGCCGUCGGCGUCGGUGCCACAGCAGCAGCCGCCGCCACCACCGCAGAAUGCCCGGCCGAGCGGGCCUACGCUGCAGACACCGUAUGGAGGGAACCCGUCUGCUAGUGUGAGCGGGUUCUUCCACCGUAACCGGGACGAGGAGAGGAGGAAGGUGCAGAAGAAGAGGAGCGUGCAGUGGUGA